AUGGCGCAUUUCUAAAAAGUCUGCGAAAUGAGAAGUUCCCUACUUACAACUUCCAGUUUAAGUUAUACUACGCCUUUGUAGCAUAAUCUGUUAAUCAUUAACAUUCUAUUCUAAAUUUAGGAUAUGAGUAGGUAAAAUUUGUACAAUAUGGCAGAAGAAAGGCGUACCAUAAGAGGGGUGGAAGUGAUUUUUCCAUGUAAACCAUAUCCUUCCCAGUUUAGUUUUAUGGACAAGGUCAUUCAAGGUUGUGAGAAAAGACAAAACUGUUUACUGGAGAGUCCUACAGGCAGUGGUAAAAGUCUGGCAUUGUUGUGUUCUGCUUUAGCUUGGCAGACAGCUGAAUAUGCUAAGAAAAGACAAGAAGAAUCUGAAUCAGAACAUUCAAAGUCAAAGGAGUGCUGCUGUAAACAGAAAGAGUCAACUAAAGAAGUCUUAGAUACUACAGAAGAUGAUAAUGUUCACCUCAGUACUAAUUUGAUCAUACCAGAUUCACUUGUGUCUGUAAACGUUGUGAGGGGACAAAUAGCUCAUCAACAGGCUAAUGUUAUAGUCAACACCACCUCCACUAAUCUGCAGCUUAACUAUGGUGCUGUGUCCCAGUCUCUUUUAUGUGUUGGAGGACCACAGUUACAGAAAGAAUGUAACCAGAAAUACCCUGAUGGGGUUAAUCUUGGGGAUGUAGCAGUGACAUCUGGUGGGAAUCUUAAAUGUGAUGUUAUUUUCCAUGGUGCACUCCCACAGUGGAAGGAGACAGGAGCUUUAACAAUUUUGCAGACCUUCAUGAAGAAGUGUUUAACAACAGCUAAUAGUCAUGGUUUCACAUCUAUAGCCUUUCCUGCCCUGGGGACAGGAAGUCUUGGUUUCCCUAGAGAUAUUGUAGCCAGGGAGAUGUUCAGUAGUGUGGAGGAGUUUGCUAGGGAUAAUCCUACUUCAUCAGUCAGUGAUGUUAGAUUUGUUGUAUAUGGUGGAGACAUCAGUACUAUCAAAGCUUUUGAAGAACACAAACUAAAAGCAUUGAAAGGAAAUAAAAGAGAGAUGGAAAAUGAAGUUGCCACCAAUACUAAAAGUACAUCUACUACUGUUAUACCUGAAAGUGAUGAUGAAGAUGACGACUUUAAACCACCAUCAAUAUACAGAACACCUGGAAGUGCUAGACAGUCAGUGAAUGAUAAGAUAAGGAAACAUCAGUCCAUAUCAUAUGACACUUCUGAACCUGGAACAUCAGAAAUGGAGAACGAUGAAGAUGGUUGCUGCUGUGAAUGUGGUGCUGAAAAUAAACAAAAGAGUAGAAAGGUACCUAAGAUAUACUUUGGAACCAGAACACAUAAACAGAUUUCUCAGAUUGUCAGGGAGUUAAAGAAAACAGCUUAUAAGGAUACCAGAAUGACCAUUUUAGCCAGUAAGGAAUUCACGUGUAUACAUCCAGCGGUCUCUAAAAUGAAGAAUAAAAAUGAAGGGUGUAAAGAAUUAAUGGAUGGUCCUGGUUGUAAGUUUAAUGACAGAGUAAAGAAAAUUUUCCCACAUUACUCCAACCUACAGGAAUAUGGUUUAUCUGAAGCAUGGGAUUUAGAAGAUUUAGUUCAUCUUUGUAAAGAGAAAAAGGUGUGCCCAUAUUUCAGUGUAAGAAGUUUUAGAAAAGAAAUAGACAUAGUGUUCUGUCCUUACAACUAUCUUAUUGACCCAAUUAUCAGACAAAAUAUGGAAAUAAAUUUGAAGGAUGAAAUAGUAAUCUUGGAUGAAGCUCACAACAUAGAAGAUUCAGCUAGAGAAGGAGGAAGUGAAAACUUUACUGAUGAUCAACUUGAUAAAGCGUAUAAAGAAAUACAUGAAAUGAUUAUACAUGAAAUUAAACCAGUAGAACACCUGAGGCUACAGCAGAUGGUGGAAGGUUUUAUGAGGAUUAUACAGAAUAACAUAGACCAUUUAGAACAAAGUAGCUUUGAUCAAGCAUCUAAAGUCUGGUCUGGAUAUGAUAUUGUUGUACGAAUGAAGGAGUACGGUAUUGGACCACAACAUGUAGAUGAAUUAUUGAAAUGCUUUUCUGCAGUUUGUGAAGAUGCAAAUGAGAGAUCAGUCCAGAAUAUUCGUGGACAGACAGUCAAACUUAGUUCUGCUUCAGGAAGUACACUGGAACGAAUGUUUAACAUCAUGGAUUUCAUGUACAGAAAAGAUCUGAAAUAUUUGGAGGAUUAUAGAGUUGCUAUAUUGAAAUCUACAACCUAUGUUUCUGACAAUAAUACAGAUGGAUCAUGGAUUAGUUCAAGAAACAGACGAGGAGGUAGGAGACCAGUUCCAAAAUAUGUCAUCACUUUACAUUUCUGGUGUAUGAAUCCGGGAGUGGCAUUUUCAGAUUUACAUGACACUAGAUCUAUAGUGUUAACUAGUGGGACAUUAUCUCCAAUGAAUUCAUUUGAGUCUGAGUUAGAUACACCGUUCCCCAUCAAGUUAGAGGCCAACCAUGUUAUAGAGGAUAAACAGGUGUGGGUAGGUGCUAUGAGUCAAGGACCCACAGGAAAGCCUUUACAUGCUGUGUAUAAGACUAUGGAAACACUUGAAUUCCAGGAUGAACUUGGUAAAACAGUUCUGCAAGUCUGUCAGGAAGUACCACAUGGUGUCUUAUGUUUUUUACCAUCCUACAGAUCACUGGAAAAGUUCAUAGAAAGAUGGAAGAAUGCAGGUAUAUAUGAACAGAUAGCAAAGAAGAAGAAGAUAAUUCAGGAACCUAGACGAUCAGAUCAGGUGGAUUUUGAUGACUUGUUAAAUCAGUUUUAUGAUACGAUACAUGGUGUUAAUGAUGAAGAUGAUGAAGAUGUUGGUGAGGAAACAACUGGUGCCUUGUUCCUGGCUGUAUGUAGAGGUAAAGUCAGUGAGGGUCUAGACUUUGCUGAUAAUUUUGCUAGAGCUGUUAUAACAGUUGGCAUACCAUACCCUAAUUGGAAGGACAUUCAGGUUGGGCAGAAAAGAAUGUAUAAUGACAAACAUAGAAUGUCCAAAGGAUUGCUCUCUGGUAGUGAAUGGUAUGAAAUCCAGGCCUUCAGAGCUCUCAAUCAAGCUUUAGGAAGAUGUAUAAGGCAUAGGAAAGACUGGGGCCUCUUAAUAUUAGCAGAUGAAAGAUUUGUUAAACAGAAAGAUAAAUACUGCAAAGGCCUGUCAAAAUGGCUGAGAAACAAAGUACAAACUUUCACUAGUUGUAAACAAGCUAUGGAAUCUAUAUCUAGCUUUUCCAAACAGAGGAUGAAAGAUAUGCCAAUUGUCAAUCCAGACACAUCAUUUAUACCCAGUACACCUAUGACACCAGGACAACCAAUCAGUAGAAGAUCUGGUCUCAAUGAAGCCUCAAACAUUGCUACUCCCAUCACUCCAGCUACACCAUUGUAUUCAAUAUUUUCACCUAUAACCCCAUUGACCAAGGAUAAGAAAGUUUCAACUGGUACCUCUAUUGAUGCACAGACACCUAAAGGGGUUUUACCUAAAUUAGCACAGCCAGAAUUUUCUACUCCUGAAUCAAAGAAAGUUAUUCCAGAAGCAUCAUCCAUAUUGAAUACGAUACAACAUAGACUAAUGUCUCCUACUGAAGUUAAGAAAAAUCCUGAACUAACUGCAGCUGCCAAAGCUGGUGGUAUAAUUCAAGCUCAACCUGGUAUUCAAACUCCGAUAAUACUACAGAAUCCUCAACAGAUACAAAUGGUACUGCAGCAAAUGAUCAACAAAGGUCAAUUAAAACCUGGUCAACAGGUUUUACUACAAAACCCUCAGCAGAUGGUCGGUGCAAGUCAAUGCCAUGUGCAACCAGGUCAAAAACUGUUAAUACAAAAUCCGCAACAGAAUGUUGUCGGAGGUCAAGGCCAGAAAUUGUUAUUGCCAAAUGAUCAGCAAAAAGUCCAGCAAGGUCAAGGCCAGCAAUUGUUAUUACAAAAUAAUCAGCAGAAAGUUCAGCAAGAUCAAGGUCAAACAAUGAACAAUCAUUUCCUGACAUCAUCUACAUACCAAUACAUCCUGUCUGUGAUGAAUUCUCCUUUAGUACCUAAGGAUAAACCCUAUUACAUUAUUGUUGAUGAAGACACACCAAAACAACAAAUGUUUCUUAUUCAACCUAAUCAGGGUACAGGUGCUCCGAUAAUCAAAACAGAUCCUAUAGUUACUGCUACUACACAACCUGUUGUUGGUAAUACUACUACUAGUCAUACGUCAUCCAUCCCUACUCAUCUACAGUCACAGGGAUCAAAACCAGGCAUGGUAUCUUUACUAAAUGUGGGUCAUAGUACAUCAACUAAUGCUGAAGAAAGUCAGACAGUCACAGAUGUUUUACCAAGUAUCAGCAAAAAUGAACCUGUUACUCAUGGAACCACUUUAACCACACAGCCAGAUCAACAAAAUAUCAAAAUGAAUAAAUUAUUCAAGUAUUGUCAGAUCCCUGAAUCAGACAUUAGUGAAACAGGUGAUGGUGAUAAGUCCAAAGACCAAAAUAAUACAAAGUGUCCACAAACUCCAACUCUGUUUGAUACACAGGACAGUGAACAGGAAUUCAAAAUCAAUAAUCAACAACCUAUUAAUAGAUCAGUAGAUACCAAUGAGGUAAACAUUGUUGGCAGUAAACCUCAAAACCAAAGUCGUGAGGCAUGUAAAAAUGAAAGUGAAUCAAAAACUCAUAAAAAGCCUAUUUUUAGAAGACAAUCAGCAGGAACGACUACAGUAAUUGACAAUGAUUCUCCAGAUGAUUUUAUAGACCAAUCAAAAGUAAAGAGAAAGUCAUGUGACAAGAAAAUAUUGACUGAGAUUAAACAAAAUACCACAUUAGAAAGUAAUAAAAAAGAAAAUAUGGCAAUUGAAAAUGAGGAAAAUGAAAGUGAGGAAAUUUUGAAUACGAGAAGGAAAAACAGAGGAGCUAAAAGAAAAAGUCAUUCUAAUUUGAGAUUGUCUACUAAAAAGCAGAAAGGAGUUGACUUUCUGGACAAUUUGGAAGAUCAAAAGUCAGAUUCAAUUGAAAAAGUGAUCAAGUGUAGAGGUUGUGGAGAGGCUCUUAUAUCUCAGUUGGAAGAUUUUGAAAAGAGAAAAAGGUAUCCAGGGUUUGUAAGAGUUCUGACAACACAGAGAACAGCUGAAGUUAUUUUUAUACCAACAUUGGAUGUCAAAUCUACCAAUCUACAGACAGUUUCUACAAAAUUAGAAAAAGGUUCUGACUUAACCUUAGACAGCUAUGAAGAUAAAUCUACUGGUUCUGUGUUACAAUAUUUGUCUUGCCAUACAUGUACAAAAGAUGUUAUUGGGAUACAGGUUUUAAAGAGGGGAGCUAACUCUAGAGAUGUAGAAGAUAAGCAGGCAUGGAUAGUUUGUUCAUUGGUGGAUACAAGUGCUAUUAAACCAUGACAGCAAAGACUUAUUUGGUUACCAUAGUAACUAUAGCAAUCUACAAAAAAUAACUAUUCCUUGAAUCCUCUCUUUGCAGGGUUCAAACAAAUUUCUUUUCAUUUACAUUGUUGUAUUAUGUAAAAAAAUGUUCAGCAAAAAGUAGGUCAUGACAAGAAAAACUUACUUGUUGUUUUACUCGUUAUGAUUAAGUAUAAUUACAUACAUAGCAACAAAUUGAUAUUAUUAUACUUCAUGUCAAAAUGUCAGAUUUUGAUUGGUUAAUACGAGGGAGACAAUUUACUCUAUCCCAUGGCAAAUACUAAAUUACCCUUCACGGAGACGCUUGCUCAAGUGUGCGCUUUAAUAAAUAUGGAUGAUUGUUAUGUACAAGACGACAUAGUUUAUUACUUUGAAUUUGAAAUUUAAUAGACAGUUAUAACAGAAUAUUCAGUAUAAUAAAUUAGAUAACACAUAUAUGAGAGGGUGAUAGAGCAGAUUGUUACCCCUCGAAAAGACAUUGUAA